UCAUUCUAUCUUUUCAUACUGAAUGCAAAUCGGGGGUGUUGGUUUCUUAUAUGAAAAACGUUUUGAGACAUUUCGAGUAACUAAUUUUCCUUUUUUAAAUUUGAAACUGUGUUAAAGUGCUUUCGAAUAAUCUAUUUCUGUUAACUUCUCUUUUUGAUUCAUUUUCAAUUUGUUUGUCUCUGUAGCUUGAUUUUUAUUCAUCACGAAUACACUAACUAGUUUAUUUUAAGUGCGUUUCUUAUUUGCAACAUUUUAAACGCAACAUCAGAUUUUGAAAACAGGACGAGAUUUCUCAGGGGACCCGAUGUCUAGCACAGCGUGACCUUGUUGUGAGAGGCGACAGUUCUUUUAAUGCUUAACGAUAGCCUAUCUGGAACUUUAUACUCGUCCUUAAAACAAGUCCAUUUGGAAACAUGAGUUGUGACAGUAUUCCAUCCAAAUCAGAAGUCAUGGGCUGGGAUUCUCAUCGACUAGCAGACUUUCUGAAAAAAAGAAAUUUAACUGGAUGUGAUAAGGUCAUAACACAAUAUAACAUAAAUGGACAGAGAUUUCUGACUAUGUCCGAAAAUGACCUUCAAAGGUUUCCUAAGCUUCAUGCACCGAUAAUCACCAAGAUUUGUCAAGAAAUCAACAAAGAGAAGAAGAGAUUCUUUUCACCAAUUUCAACAAUAAAUAGGCAACAACCAGUUCUCAGCUACCCACAACAACCAGUUGGCAAUCCAAACCACGAGAAUCCAGCAUGGGAUUCUGAAGAGUUUGAGAGUGAGGACGAUUACGAGGAUCCCAAUUCAAAUAGUGAUGGUGAAGCCAGUGGCGGAGAUUAUGAGGCGCCUGAAGAGGCAUCAGACGGUGAAUAUGAGCCCCCACCGAGUGAACCCCUGGAAAACAGCCCCCAUAUUCUUCCUGCUAAACCCAUAGGAAACAGUGAUUAUAUUGAUAACAAUCGUAAUCGUGGGGCUGGCAGGACGCAUCCACCUGUGCCUCCAGAGCGCCCUGGACCUGGCCCCUCUCAUCCUCUUGUGGAUCGGCCAAUUGUCAGACUACCUGCAAAAGAAGAACGGCCACUAAAAAGGCCCCCUGCACCCACAGUGGACCGCAGUACUAAACCAGGAGCUAAGGAAAGAGCUCACCCUCCUCCUGUUGUAGGUGGCAGUAGUUCUCUGGACAGGGCAGCCCAACCAAUAAGAAGCGUCGCUGUUCCUCACAGACCUGCAAUGGAGAUGCCAGGAGACCAGAUGAGAAUUCCCAAACCUUCACUCCCUGCAUCCGGAGUGCGAAGGAGUGCUUCAUCCGUCACACCGGGAUACUCUCAAGACAGACAACUUGACUACAGAACUGAGUUUCAUGAUGACACUGCCAGGCAGACCUCCAAUACAUUUCCAAUGCACUCCAGGAAUCCAUCACCAAGGCCGCCAGGAACACAAAGACAGUCUUUUCAAAUAGACGGUGUAAGUCCCAACCGAUCGCUACCAGCAAAACUACAAGAGGCAAUGAGCGCUCACCGGAACAGUGCAAGAGUAGCAGAACCACCGCCACAGCCUGACAAGGGGGUCAAACAGGAUAUGGAUCCGUCUUGGUAUGUGGGACAGAUCACUCGCGUUGAUGCAGAAAGAUGUCUGAGAAGAGUGAACACGGAUGGGACGUUCCUGGUGCGAGACAGCUCGAAUCGUUCCCCUAACCAGCCCUACACGCUCGUGGUACUUUACCAGGAUAAAGUUUACAACAUUCAGAUCCGCAGAAAGCCGGAAGGCUUUAUACUUGGCACUGGUCUAAAAUCCACAGAGGUUUUUGAGAGGGUCAGCGACAUUAUCAAUCAACAUAGACAGAUGCCACUCCUUCUUAUUGAUGCUAAAAACAGAGAAUCAGCUCAACAGAAGCAAUGUGCUCUGAUGUAUCCAGCUGGACGUUAAAUAUUUACCCAGGGAUAAGUUUCUCAUCCCAAAACAGGACUGCAGAAAUUAUAUCUACGUAAAUAGCCCUAGAUCUUUUUAUGGAUCUUUUUUCAAUGGAUGAAAAUGAUGGGUAUAUUAGUAACUACUUUUGUUCGUGUUCCUUCAAUGUUAAUAUUAUAAACAAACGUAAGUAAAUCGAGCUCUGGUCUGAUUUAGGUUUUAUUUUAUUUUUGGUAAGCUUUUCUAUUAAAAGUUGUUUUGCGAUAAUAUCAUGAAUGUGCACUGCAAAUCUUCCAUGUAUUUACAAGCCAAUAAAGAAUGGAUAUUGUGUUUAUAAUUCACGAACAAGCUAGCCCACUAUUUAGUAUUCCUGUGUCUGUUUGAUUAAUAUUAAUCUUUAAAUAAAUAUGAGGAUUACAUGUUAUUGCACAACUGUCA